UAAAUUAUAAGAUUAUGAUGAAUGUUCUCUAAUCUAACUAACUGUCACCUUUUAUCACUUAAAAAAUAGUUAAGAAACCUACAGUUCUAAUGUAGCCUAAUUAAUUAAAGAAAAGUUAAGUGGAUGCUAAGCCUAUAAAAUUCUUAUAAUGGGAUGAUGACAACAAAUUAAUUAAGUUAUGUUUAGAUCUCAAAAAAUAUGUAAAUUAUAUUAAUUAUUGAAUUAGAAUUCUUUAUUUAGAACUGGUCCAGCUUCAUUUAUUGUAUAUAUAGCUACUAAAUCAGAAACAAAUUAAAUUUCUAAAAUGAAUUUAGAUAAGGGUUUACCUCUAAUAGAUACUACACUAAAAAAAGGGAUUUAUAUUUGGAAUCAUGUUAUAUACAAUGAACAUAAGAACAUUUAAUAAUAUUAACUAUUAUGUAUAUUAGGUGAACAAAUUAAAGAGAAACAGUUGAGAAGAUAAACUUUAAAUUUAGUGGAUAAUAGUAAUGUGUUCAUUCAUGCAGAUACUAUAUUAAUGACAGUAGCAUCUCUUUUAGCUAGUGAAAUUGUAUUUCUUAUAAAUAAUGAUGAUGAUGAGAUUUUGGAAAACUUUUAUUAAAUCACAUCAAAUGAUUAACAAAGUUAUUAUAAAUUAUAGGUUAUCAAUUUUGUUGAUGGUUUAUCUUGUAGCAUUGAUCAAUUUAAAUGGUAUCAAAUAUAUAAUAAUAUUAAAAUUACGAUCAUUGAAGAAACUCAUUAUUUCAAUGUAUCAAAUUCAUCUUUUGUUGAUAAUCCUACAGAGAUUAUUAAUAAUUGGGCAUUAGAAUUAGAAAUGUCCUUACAAAAAAAAAUUUAUUCAUCUUAUGAAAUUGAUUUUCUAACAUUCCUUUCUAUUGCUGAAAUUAUUACUAAAAGUUCUAUGUCAGAAUUAUCAAAAUUAGAUGUCUAAGAAAAUAUGUAAUACCUUCUAUUAUUCUAUAGUUUCUUUAAAGCUAUUCAAAAAUAAAUCAAAUAUGAAAAAGAUUAUAUUGAAAGCAUUUAUUAUAAAGAAAUCAGAGAAUUCUGUUCUAUCUCAGAUGAAGUCACUGUUGACUCUUUGACAUCUAAACUUAAUUAAAUGAGAGAAUAAGCUAUGUCAUUAUAUUAUAUUCAAUUAGGUCAAUUUUAUGAUAAUCCUGAUUAUAAUAAAUUUUAAUCGGCUAUCUAAUAAAAAAUCGAUCAACUAGAAUUAGAAUGCAUUAGGUAUAAUUUUGAAUUAAUGGAUAUGUACUAUUAUUUAAGUUAUUUAGAUCACUUUAGUGAAUUAAGCUAAUAAUUUGAUAAAAUAGAUAAAAAAUAUAAGGAUUCAUUCCCUGAUUCCUAUACCUUAUUUUUGAAUGAAAUUCUUAAAUUUAGAGAAUUUAGGGGAUUAAAAUAUUAAAAUAUUUAAUAAAACUUAUCAGGAACUUACAAAUCUAAAUUAUAUUCAUAUAUCACAGAAUACAAUAAUAAAUAAAAAAUACUCUAUGAUAAACGUAUGUAAACUUAAAAUGAAAAACAAUACUAAUUUCUUAAGAAAAGAGACAAAGAAGUUAUCAGAGGAUUGGAAAUUCUAUAAAAUUACACAGAAUUAAUGAGGGAUGAAAUUGGAACCCUCAAAAAUCUUAUUGAUGUAACUUAUUUGUAUGUAAUAUUAGUUCAAUAAUCAAAUCAAUAUUGUUGUUAAAUAUAAAAAAGAAAUCAGAAAAUUGGAUGAUGAAAUAAGAUAAUUAUAAUUAUAAGCCGAUAAAAUUUAGAUUAAAAAAAAGUAAUCAUGA